AUGCGGCUCGGGGGACCCCCCCGCAGCCCCUGCUCCGGGCCGAGCCCUGAGGGGCCUGGGAGCAGACCAGGCCACGUGAAGAUUUCCGAAAGCUCCCAGAAUUGGCCCAGGCGCACAACAUCCCCUUCUCCUGGUCCGGCCGAGCUUCGAGGGGUCCGGGGCUCCUCUCGGCCGAGACGUCCUGACUCUCCCAGGCGCCCAGACCCUCCCAGGCUGUCCUGGUCGCGAGCCCCUCCCCCAUUCGGAAGCCGCUGGGGGAUCGGCCGGCGACCGCCCUCCCCAGAAGCCCUCCACUCCGCCCUCCGCCCUCAGGCCGCCUCCAGGGUGGAGAGAGGCCGCACGUCCGCCUCCCCCAGCCCCCAGCCCCGAGUCUCCGGAGGGGGCGGGCCCUCGCGGGGGAGGGCGGAGGCGCGGAGGGAGGUGCUUCCGGGACAGAGGGCGGGCAAGAUGGCGGCGCCCAUGGAGCUAUUCUGCUGGUCGGGGGGCUGGGGGCUCCCGUCAGUCGAUCUGGACAGCCUGGCGGUGCUGACCUAUGCCAGAUUUACUGGUGCCCCACUAAAGGUACACAAGAUCGCCAACCCCUGGCGGAGCCCUUCAGGAACUCUGCCUGCCCUGAGGACCAGCCAUGGAGAAGUCAUCUCAGUACCACACAAGAUCAUCACCCAGCUUCGAAAAGAGAAGUAUAAUGCCGAUUAUGACCUGUCAGCCCGGCAAGGGGCAGACACCUUGGCCUUCAUGUCUCUGUUAGAGGAGAAGCUGCUCCCGGUGCUGAUACAUACUUUUUGGGUAGACACUAAGAACUAUGUGGAAGUGACCCGGAAGUGGUAUGCAGAGGCUAUGCCCUUUCCUCUCAACUUCUUCCUGCCUGGCCGCAUGCAGCGGCAGUACAUGGAGCGACUGCAGCUGCUGUGUGGGGAGCAAAGGCCUGAGAAUGAGGAAGAGCUGGAGAAGGAGCUGUAUCAAGAGGCUCGCGAGUGCCUGACCCUUCUCUCUCAGCGCCUGGGCUCUCAGAAAUUCUUCUUUGGAGAUGCCCCUGCCUCCCUGGACGCCUUUGUCUUUAGCUACUUGGCCUUGCUGCUGCAGGCCAAGCUGCCCAGCGGGAAAUUGCAGGCCCACCUGCGGGGGCUGCACAACCUCUGUGCCUACUGCACCCACAUCCUCAGCCUCUACUUCCCCUGGGAUGGAGCUGAAGUGCCACCGCCACGCCAGACACCAGCAGGCCCAGAGACUGAAGAGGAGCCAUACCGGCGCCGGAACCAGAUCCUGUCUGUGCUGGCAGGGCUGGUAGCCAUGGUGGGUUAUGCCUUGCUCAGUGGCAUUGUCUCUAUCCAGCGGGCGACACCGGCCCGGGCCCCAGGCACACGCUCCCUGGGCAUGGCUGAGGAGGAUGAAGAGGAAUGAUUUGUCCUCAUGCCCCCAGGACUGGUUUUUCUACUGUCAUGCAUUCCAGAGGUCCCUGUCUCUCCACUGCUGGUACACCCAGAAAUGGGUUGCCAUUCCCAGAAUAAAUGUGCUCACUCCAA